AGCUUCGAUAAUGGCGGCGGCGGCUUCUUCUAUUAGGGCUCCUCUGCUUCUUCUUCUUCUUCUUCUAGGGCUUCUGAUGCUUAUAAUGGGAGCCGUUGGGUGGAUUCAACGCGAAAACCUCGUCAAUUCCAGGAUUAGCAGCGGAGGAGCUUCUAGAAGGCUCCUGAGAGAGUCCAUGGCGAAUGAGACCUCUUCUUCUUCUACCCCGGAGAGGCCAGUGGUGGGUGCUGUAGAUGACCCCGAAGAAGUUGCUUCCAUGGUAGGAAUGAGCGUCAAAAACAGCACGGCGCGGCGCGCCCUCAGCAGCAGCAGUUACCUGUCGGGGUGCGGCACGGGCAACCCGAUCGACGACUGCUGGCGGUGCGACCCCGAUUGGCACCUCCACCGCAAGCGGCUCGCCGAUUCUACCGCGUGACCGACCCGGGCGACGACGACCCCGUGACACCCCGCCCGGGCACGCUGCGCCACGCCGCCAUCCAAUCGGAGCCGCUGNGACGGCCGAUUCUACCGCGUGACCGACCCGGGCGACGACGACCCCGUGACACCCCGCCCGGGCACGCUGCGCCACGCCGCCAUCCAAUCGGAGCCGCUGUGGAUCGUGUUCGAGCGCGACAUGGUGAUCACGCUCAAGCAGGAGCUCAUCGUGAACAGCUUCAAGACCAUCGACGGGCGCGGCGCCAACGUGCACAUAGCCGACGGCGCCUGCGUCACGGUGCAGUACGUGACCAACGUCAUCAUCCACGGCGUCCACAUACACGACUGCCGCCCGACGGGCAACGCCAUGGUGCGGAGCUCGCCGACGCACUACGGGUGGCGGACGAUGGCCGACGGCGACGCCGUCUCGAUCUACGGCUCCAGCCACGUGUGGGUCGACCACUGCUCGCUCUCCAACUGCGCCGACGGCCUCAUUGACGCCGUCGCGGGCUCCACCGCCAUCACCAUAUCCAACAACUACUUCACCCACCACAACGAGGUGAUGUUAUUGGGUCACAGUGAUUCGUACGAGCAAGAUAAGGCCAUGCAAGUAACGAUUGCGUUCAAUCAUUUUGGCGAGGGCCUAAUUCAGAGGAUGCCGAGGUGCAGGCACGGGUACUUUCACGUCGUGAACAACGACUACACGCACUGGGAGAUGUACGCCAUCGGAGGGAGCGCGAAUCCGACCAUCAAUAGCCAGGGCAACCGCUACCUCGCCCCCGGCAACCCCUUCGCCAAAGAGGUAACGAAGAGGGUGGAGACAGAGGAGAGCGUGUGGAAGAGCUGGAAUUGGAGGUCGGAAGGGGACCUGAUGCUAAACGGUGCAUACUUCACCCCGUCGGGGGCUGGCGCCUCCGCGAGCUACUCGCGGGCAUCUAGCCUCGGAGCCAGGCCUUCCGACAUGGUCGGCGAUAUCACUUCUGGCGCCGGAGUCCUCUCCUGCCGCAAAGGGAAGUCGUGCUAGCUAAUGUACGCGACAAGCACGGCCGCCGCACAGUUCCGUUCUUUCUUUCUUUUUUUAAAAUUUUCUGCAGCAGCUAUAGAUUUGUGCGAUAUUUUUUAUGCAGCAUAGUCGUAUUUAUAUUUCGAUGUUUUUGUUUUCUCGCAACCUCUGCCUGCUUCUGUUGGAUUAUUGCGUGGCUAAUGCGGCAGUGUUGUUAAAUUUUACAUUUUCCUUUGUGACUAGAAUCCAUGUCCAUUGCUAGUACACUCACAAAUUGGCAAUUGUAUGGAUGGUAUAUAUAGUGUAAUAGCUGCAUA